AUGAUAGCUGAAUAAGCACUCUAGUUAUAUAAAACCUAAACAAUAUAAGUUUACAUAAAACUAUUUUAAAACUUUUCAAUACUAAGGAUCUAAAUUCCUCCCGUUGCCGACCAAGCUUAAGAUAAUUAUGGUUUGGAUUUAAAAAAGCAGUAUCCUAUAAAUUAAUUUGAAGCACUUAAUUAAGUGGUUUAACCAAGUAAAAAAUAUGAAUCAUCAGUAGAAUCAGACUACAAAAAUGAAAAAUCAAAUAGCUAAAUUUAGCUUGAAGUAUACAAAUUUAUUUCAAAAUUAGAAAAUUGGAAAGAAGCUAAUUUUUCAUUAUCUAAUUGA